AGUGCGGAAGGAGAUUCCGGGCUUGGGGUCUCAGAACCGGACUCGCUGUUCUGGCUGGAGAUGGAGUUCAACAGUGAGGGUCUGAGGCGACUGCUUGGCAAGGGCAACCAAGGUAAUAUUUCUGAGACUACAUCUGGAUGAAUGAGGAGGCAGUUCACUCAACCUGACUGCAAACCUUUGCAUGCUUUCUGUUUUCCCUAUGAAACCCAGCUGCGGUACCAGUACAAGUUCAGGGAUCUAACUAUGGAAGAACUGAAGAAUGUAAAUAUGUUUUUCCCACAUUUCAGAUAUUCCAUGGAUACCUAUGUUUUCAAAGAUAGUUCCCAGAAAAACCUGCUGAAUUUCACUGGCACGAUUCCUGUGAUGUAUCAGGGUAAUACAUAUAACAUACCAAUUCGUUUGUGGAUUUUGGAUUCUCACCCUUUUGCUCCCCCCAUUUGCUUCUUAAAGCCAACUGCAAACAUGGGAAUCUCAAUUGGAAAACAUGUGGAUACUCAAGGCAGAAUAUACUUGCCCUAUCUCCAAAACUGGAGCCAUCCUAAAUCUGUCAUUGUUGGAUUAAUUAAAGAAAUGAUUGCCAAGUUUCAAGAAGAACUUCCCCUGUAUUCUCUAUCAUCAUCUGAUGAGGCACAGCAGGUAGACUUGCUAGCCUAUAUUGCAAAAAUCACUGAAGGUGUCUCAGAUAUAAAUUCAAAGAACUGGGCAAAUCAUGAGAAUAAAACAGUCAAUAAAAUUACCGUGGUUGGCAGUGGAGAACUGGGAAUUGCCUGCACAUUAGCAAUUUCAGCAAAGGGCAUUGCAGACAGACUGGUCCUCUUAGACCUCUCCGAAGGGACUAAAGGAGUGAUGAUGGACCUUGACAUAUUCAACCUGCCUAAUGUGGAGAUCAGCAAAGAUUUGUCUGCCUCUGCUCAUUCCAAGGUGGUGAUCUUCACAGUCAACUCUCUGGGUAGUUCUCAGUCCUACCUCGAUGUGGUGCAGAGCAAUGUGGAUAUGUUCAGAGCCUUUGUUGCAGCUCUGGGACAUUAUAGUCCACAUGGCAUCCUGCUCGUUGCAUCUCAACCAGUGGAAAUCAUGACCUAUGUGACGUGGAAACUGAGUGCAUUUCCUGCAAAUCGAGUGAUUGGAAUUGGUUGCAAUCUGGAUUCACAGAGAUUACAAUAUAUUAUUACAAAUGUUUUGAAGGCACAGACUUCAGGAAGAGAAGUAUGGGUUAUUGGUGAGCAGGGAGAAGACAAAGUGCCCACAUGGGGUGGCCAAGAGGAUGUAACGAGGCAUAACUCUCAGGUGCAGCUGUCCAACAGAGCCAUGGAACUGUUAAGGGUAAAAGGUCAAAGAUCCUGGUCUGUUGGACUGUCAGUAGCCGACCUGGUUGACAGUAUUGUGAAUGAUAAAAAGAAAGUGCAUUCUGUAUCAGUUUUAGCAAAGGGAUAUUAUGAUAUAAAUAGUGAAGUGUUUUUAAGUUUGCCUUGCAUCCUUGGAACCAGUGGAGUGUCUGAAGUCAUCAAGACCACAGUGAAAGAAGAUACAGUGACUGAGAAACUCCAAAGCAGCGCAUCAUCAAUACAUGGUCUCCAGCAACAGUUAAAACUUUGAUUCUAAAGUUCAGAGUUACUUGAAAGGAAAGGUCAUUUAAUUUUACCAACAUAUAUAUAGGGCUGAGAACUUCUGUGUCUUAUUAUUUAUACUUACAAACUGCUUGGUUAAGGUAGAUGGUUUCUUGGCUGGCUUUGUAAUAUGAAUCCUUAGGUAGUUAGAUAAGAAGGAAAAAAAUCUAAUUUUCUUUGUUGUUCUUGAGAUAUCUAUACCGUUCUUUAAACCUACAGCAGAGAUAAACAUUCAUCUGCAAUAUGCAUCAUUUUAAAAUUAUGUAUCCUCAAUUAGCAAAACAGCACUUUGGGAAUACUUUGAAAAUGAUACGUUUUUAAAGGAAAAUUACUCUUUGACUGUUACAAUAACCAUGAUAAGCCGAAGGCCCAGUAUGGAUUUACAGAAUCUGUGCCAGCUAUACACCCAAAGGAUCCACAAUUUAAGCUAUUAAUUUUUCUUCUUUAAAAUACAGUUGGUAUUAAUAAGAAAGCAUUUUGUUUCCCCUCUUCCAUUAAUUAGCUACCAAAAAAAUGGAAAAUAAUUUUACACGUACUUUAAAAUAGUAAAAAGGAAAAUGAAAUUUUUUAAUAUAUGAAGAAAAAGUAUACUUUAAUUUCCAGUGGGACUGUCCUUUCUGGAAUUUUCUAUAACCUCUUCCUGGGCUAUAUAAGAUCUCCGACAUCUCAAGAACGCACUGUGACAUAAGUAGAACCAUAGAGAAUGUGUAUUUUUAGUGCAAGUAAGUUAUGAAUGAAAGCCAAGCAGUUUACUUUAAAGCUAAAAUAUGAGGCUUUCAUAAAAGCCAUUGGUCUUAAUGGGGAGAGGUUGGGUGGGCUGAUUGUCUGAGCAAAUCCUUUAACUACUCCUGAAGAAAUGAUUUACUUUGGUGAUGGGUCAAUAAUGACAAUAUCUUCAUAUGUGAAAGUUAGCAUAUUAUUACGAAUGUGACACACAACUAAUAGCAACAACUAACAUCAACACUUCUAGUAUUUCUGGCAGUGUGAUGAGCACUUUACUGUUUUAUUCCUCAGGAUUAUUUAUUAAUCCUCACAGUAACCCACUGAGGUAGGGACUAUUAUCAUCAUUUUAUAGAGGAGAAAAUUGAGGUUUAGUGCCCAAGAUCUCAUGACUAAGGGACACUUAUAUACAACCUCUACUUUUUCUAAGUACUAGAAGAGGGAAAAAGCAUAAAAGCAGAAAUAGUUACCACAAGACCCUAAAGCUGGGGUUCUAUACUCUUAUAUUCUCAUGUAGAGGCUUUUUUUUUUCAAUAUAGUUUUUAGAAAGACUGAUUCUCUGACUUCCCAGACUUGCCCUCAGCAACUAGCUGGGGGGGAUGGGGGAGGUAUGCACUGAAGUAGGCGUUUAGUUAUGUAGUCAUUCAGUUAAAUAACUGGGAGCCUGCUAUACACCAGAUGCCAUACUGGGCACUGCAGAUACAGUGGUGAGCAAACCUGGACUAGGUACAAGCCCUCAUGGUGCUUAUAAUCUAGUAUGGAAACAGUAAUCAAGUCUCACAAAUAAAUGUACAAUUGCAAGUGUAAUAAGCGCUGUGAAGAAGUCCCAGGUGCUUUGAAAGCAUAUUAUAGGUAACCUAAACCUGGUCAAUGAGAUAGGAGCCAGAUGGAUUAUAAGGGCAGACAUACCUUAGGUAGAGAGGAAACAGUCAAACUAAUGCUGAUUUAGCAUAAUAAUGGAUGCUUAUAAUGAUGAGCUUAAAUCAUAAAGAAAAGGUGAAAUUAUAUUCAGUGUUCCAUGUUUAAGUAGAAAGGUAUUUAAUAUGCUUGGAAAGAUUCACACCAUAAUGAACUAGUGUAAAAACAUUGGCCAUUUGAAGAGAAGAGCAUUAGUUCUGUGUAAUUUCACUGCAUGGGUAGGUUAUUUUGGUGUUAACUCUAAUAGUAUAUCCUCACUGUCCUUUUGUAUGAAAUAAGAAAGUAAAACUAAAAGGACCAUUUCUUGUGUUUUUAAAGUCGCCUUUUCUAAUAUCAGAUACCUAAUUGUGCUCUUGAACAAUAACCUAAUUACAAGAUACUGUAUAAAUAGAUGAAUUGCUAAGAAUUCACUACAUUAAUUAUAAAAGGAACAUGUCACUACAACAAUACUUAUUGCGUCUGUUAUUCCGGGUACUGUGUUAGAAUCUGAGUAGUCAAAAGAUGAGUAAUAAUAGCCCUUGCCCUACAGAAGCCCACAAUAUAGAAGUAAUUCUAUCAGAUAUUUCCUUGAGUGUUGAGUAUUAUAAAUCAUAUAGUAAGUUCCAUAUGUAAGUCAAGAAGCAGUACCACCACCACCUCACUGUGAUUUGGUGAUAAUUUGACAUUCAUGAUGCUUCUAUUAACUUUCACUUUUUUCAUCUUUCCAAAAUCAUGCAGUGUCUCUUGUCAUGGUUUUUAAUGGGGCUUGGAUUAAAAUGCUUCUUUGAUAUUGUAACAGAUAAAUAUUUUAUUUUCCAAUUUACAUUAUAGUUAUUCUUAAAUAUCAAGAAUAAUGAAUAAAAU